AGGGCAGACAGACGCCAAUGGCGACUGCCGCUGUUGCGCACGGCGAGAAGGAUCAGACGGAGCCAUGCCCGCGUACCACGCUGCUCGACCACAGCAGGCGACACCGGACAGCCUUCACGCGGGAACAGCUGUCCCGACUGGAGCAGGAGUAUGGAAAGGAGAGCUACGUUUCCAGACCCCGGCGCUGCGAACUGGCCACGGCGCUCAACUUACCUGAGACAACAAUAAAGGUGUGGUUCCAGAACAGGAGGAUGAAGGACAAACGGCAGAGACACUCCUUACCGUGGCCUCACCCUCUCGUCGACCCUCUGGGGGCACUCCUGAUGGGCCGUGCCUCCCCUUCCUCCACCUUGACAUACCCCUUCAUGCCACCCCCCCUCCCGCUCCACCACCACUACCCCCUAUCUCUCUCCUCACCAGCAUCCUCAGCACACAGUCGCUACAGCGCACCCAUGAGGACCCUGGAUGCACUCCGCCUCUCCCAGUACCACAACAGACCAGGAGGGUUGCCUCCAACCACAGCAGCCCUCUACCCUUCCACCAGCAUCAUGCACCAUCCCGCCUCAUGUCCUUGCCCCCUCUGCCUUCACUGGGGACCAGAACAACUGCUCAAAGCAAGAGGGGAGACACUGGGACUGAGCCAGCGUCGUAGUCCCAAGGCCAACAUCCAGCCUGCCAACCUAGAGCAGAGGGAAGAGAUAGUUUCAGAAAAUGUGUCUGUAACUAUAUUCCAGAAAGAAAAGUUGCCUAUU